AUGCUGGGUAGAGGCAUCAGGCUGAAUGCCGGCGUCCGGCUGAGUAGAGGCUUCAGGCUGAGUAGAGGCUUCAGGCUGAGUAGAGGCUUCAGGCUGAGUAGAGGCAUCAGGCUGAGUAGAGGCUUCAGGCCGAGUAGAGGCUUCAGGCCGAGUAGAGGCUCCAGGCCGAGUAGAGGCAUCAGGCCGAGUAGAGACUUCAGGCCGAGUAGAGGCUUCAGGCCGAGUAGAGGCAUCAGGCCGAGUAGAGGCUUCAGGCAGAAGAGAGGCAUCAGGCUGCGUACAGGCAUCAGGCUGAGUACAGGCAUCAGGCUGAGUAGAGGCUUCAGGCUGAGUAGAGGAUCCAGGCUGAACCACGGAAGGCAGGUUCACCGGUUUGGAUACUGGCAGGAUGGUAUUGGUUGGAAAGAAUUUUCGCUUUUUUCUGGUUUUAACUACUGGAGCACUGCAAGUAAACGCAGGUCUGCAAAACGAAUGGAGAAGCUGGAGACAGAGAAGAACUGGAGGAUGGAACAGGAGAGGGAGCAGUUGCUACAGAGGGCUUUUUUACAGGGUUAAAGGCAGGAUAGGUGCAGCGAGUGGGAACAGGGUACUGACAUGAGGUAGAUAGCCAAGUAUACUGGGCUGUAAACUGGGGGAGUUGUUGGGAAUUGCAGGAGUAAUUAGAAGCAGGACUGGGUCUUUGUAAGCUGACUGAGGCUGGGUGCAACAAGUCUGUCCAUGUCUGCAGUAUGGGUUGAACAAAGCUGAGCUUACACAAAAGCCUGUCUGACCAAAGACUGCACUGCGUUUAUACAAUCUCUUAGUAUCUGUGGUGAACAUGUGGAAUAACGUUCCAGAAAGUAACCCACAUCAUCCUCUAAUAACCAUACCAGGGACUCUACCUGGUCUGCACUAAAUGGUGGCAAAAAUUCAUCCCUGCAUUCGGGGAAACCAGAUGAAACCAACUCAACACAAACCUUAAUCAAUGGCUGCACCAUAGAGAAAAAUCUGUGCCCUGAUCUACUAGAACAUGAGCGAGCCAUAUACAUUCUAGCAGUUCAUCCCGGGUAUACUCCUUCAGAGUCUGAUAAGCAUAUUUUCUGUCAUCAAGCACUAGCAGAGAUAAAUACUCAACCUCAUCCAGAUCCAUCCUUCCCAU